ACUGAAGCCAUGCUCCACUGAUCAAACUGUAACUUGCACUGAAGACAAGGUCAAGGUUUGCUGUAGUUACCUCAAGCAAGAAAAAUGAUUUUUUCAAGGUUGUUGAGGAGCCAGAUGCUGAGGAGCCAGAUGCUGAGGACCCUCUCUCUCUUCCUCAUGGGUACGUUCCUUUUUUUUUUCCUUUGGGAAGCUGGCUCAAACAGGCAGUCAUCGCCUGAUCUUAUAAUACCACAGCAGUUCUUUACUGAUCUGCCUGGCUGCUCGGCUAUCAUCAGUGGAGACGUCGAGGGCAGGCAAGGCGAAUUAGAAGUUCUUCUGGCAUCCAGGAAAAGACAGCAUGGUUUAUCUGAGGACUUCUACCUUAAUGUGACAAAGGACUGUUCAUCUUACAUUAAAAACAGAGGUUUCAUUACAGCGCCUCUGAGUCAAGAGGAGAAGGAUUUUCCCAUUGCCUAUUCCAUGGUGAUCCAUGAUAAGAUUGAGAUGUUUGAGCGACUUCUACGAGCUGUUUACACUCCUCAGAACAUCUACUGUGUGCAUGUGGACCAGAAAUCCUCUAAAGAAUUUCAGAAGGCUGUGGAGGCAAUAGUUUCCUGCUUUUCUAAUGUGUUUGUAGCCAGUAAAUUAGAAAGCGUGGUAUAUGCCUCAUGGUCCCGAGUGCAGGCAGAUCUGAACUGCAUGAAAGAUCUGCUGAUCUCACAUGUCCAGUGGAGAUACCUCCUUAACACCUGCGGGACAGACUUCCCCAUCAAAACCAAUGGAGAGAUGGUUCAGGCACUGAAGGCCCUGAAUGGGAGAAACAGCAUGGAGUCUGAAGCCACCAAUGACAACAAGAAAAUCCGUUGGCAGUAUCAUUUCAAUGUAACUAACGCUGUCAUCAGGACAGAUGUGAGGAAAAGUCCCCCACCCAUUAGCAGCCCAAUGUUCACAGGAAAUGCUUAUAUUGUGGUCACAAGAGCCUUUGUGGAACAUGUAAUGCAGGACAGAGAGGUUCAGCAACUUCUGGAGUGGGAGAGGGACACAUACAGCCCUGAUGAGCACUUGUGGGCCACUCUACAAAGGAUGCCCUCUGUUCCUGGAUCAAUGCCUGCCAACAUCAAGUAUGAUGUGUCAGACAUGCAAGCCAUCGCUCGUGUGGUGAAGUGGAGCUAUUUAGCAGGAGAUAUGAAAGAUGGAGCCCCGUACUAUCCUUGCACUGGCACUUACAGAAGAGCAGUUUGUGUGUACGGAGUUGGUGACCUCCCAUGGCUCCUGAGACAACAACAACUCUUUGCAAAUAAGUUUGAUCCUGAGGUUGAUGAUGUCGCUAUUAGAUGUAUGGAGUCAGUUCUGCGUUUCAAAGCAACAUUGUUUCAAUAUCCAUUGUAAUUGAAAUACCAUUGAAAUCCUGUUGAUCUAUAGGUAUGAUUUAAACGUUGUUUCAAUGAUAAUGGAGGGUGCAACAUGAUGAAGAAUCAACAUCAGAGUUCGAUGUUGAUUCAAUGACUUUAUCGUUGACAGCAGGAUGUUGAUUUAACAUCGUUUCAAUGACUAUUUGCUAUCUGGGUUAAGGCCGGUUACACACUGCCUGCGUGGCGUGAGCGUGGCGUUUCUGUUGUGUGUCAGCUGCGUGGAUUUUUCUCGAUGUCUUUGGCUGCUAUCCUUGUCUGGACACAUGUAUGUUUCCCAUCGAUAGAAUGAAAUACCAUGUUAAACAUAAAUAUAUACU